CUGUUCCGGCAGUAACCCGGCGCCGGCUUUAGAGCGGCCCUGUUGGUCCUGGUUUCGAAGCUCCGCCUUCGCUCCGGUCUUUCUAGAAACUCAGCUUCGUACUUGGCGGUACCGGACUGGUACUGCACGGCCACUGUAGGUGUCCGCGGCGUCCCAGACACGUGUGUGUCCCCUAUGGCGGAUACCCCCUCGAACGGCCCCCAAGGGGCGGGCGCAGUGCAAUUCAUGAUGACCAAUAAACUGGACACAGCGAUGUGGCUUUCUCGCUUGUUCACAGUUUACUGCUCUGCUUUGUUUGUUCUGCCUCUUCUUGGGUUGCAUGAAGCAGCAAGCUUUUACCAACGGGCUUUGCUGGCAAAUGCUCUUACCAGUGCUCUGAGGCUGCAUCAAAGGUUACCGCACUUCCAGUUGAGCAGAGCAUUCCUGGCCCAAGCUUUGUUGGAGGACAGCUGCCACUACCUGCUGUAUUCACUCAUCUUCGUCAAUUCCUACCCUGUUACAAUGAGUAUUUUCCCAGUUUUGUUAUUCUCUUUGCUUCAUGCCGCUACGUACACAAAAAAGGUCCUUGACGCAAAAGGCUCAAAUAGCUUACCUCUGCUGAGAUCUAUGUUGGAUAAAUUAAGUGCUAAUCAACAGAAUAUUCUGAAAUUCAUUGCUUGUAAUGAAAUACUCUUGAUGCCUGCUACAGUUUUUAUGCUUUUUAGUGGUCAAGGAAGUUUGCUCCAGCCUUUUAUAUACUAUAGAUUUCUUACUCUCCGAUACUCCUCUCGAAGAAAUCCAUAUUGUCGGACCUUGUUUAAUGAAUUGAGGAUUAUUGUCGAACAUAUAAUAAUGAAACCUUCUUGCCCACUGUUUGUGAGAAGACUUUGUCUCCAGAGCAUCGCAUUUAUAAGCAGAUUGGCACCAACAGUUGCGUAGCGUAAUAUCCAGCUAAGUUAAAUAUAAAUAAGCAUUAGUAGCAGCUGAUACUUCUGCUAGGGAUUGUUGAUUCCAGGUGUGAAACUGACCUCACUCCAAUUUACAUAAAUUCAUCUUCAUCUUAAUGGAACAAUAACAUUUUCCUGGCAUGUUAAAUCAAGCGUUUAUAAAAAAAGUUUCUAAGAAAAUUCUACUGUGUUGUGUUGUUAAUGGUUGAGGAAGUUUGUAUUUUGUAAUAAAUGUAUCAAAUUUUUUUUAGAUGCUGCUGUGCCUUUAUCAUGUAUGUUUAUUUCUCUUGUAACAAUAGCUCUAAAAUUUGUUUCAGCCUAAUUGGUAACCUGAAUUUAUUUAUAUCUGGCAUUAAUUCUUUAUGGUAACAUUUACAUAUGUGAAUUCAGUAUAUUUUGAGACAGUAUUUUGCCAUUUAUGAAUUUUGGUUGAUUAAGCCACAUUUUCCACUGUAUUUUAUUUCAAAUUGUUAUUAAAUUGAUUUUGUGCUGCUUUGUUAGUACAGAUUAAUUUUGGAUGUGCUGUUAUAAGAGGAGUUCAAAAUUUUAUUUCCAUUAAUACUUCUGUAGAUUUGAAUUUUUCUUUUAAAGGCUCAACUGUAAGCUUAUUAGCCAAUGAGGUAAAUAUUUGGGGUCCCCUAACCAUUUAUAUCAGAAAGCAGUAGUCAUACAGCUUUAGGAAAUCAUUCUUUUAUAAUGUGGACACAUAGGUUAUUAGUGUUACUAUAGUUCAUAGAAUUACCUAGAUCAAAUUCUUGACUGCCGUUUUUCUCAGUCUCUUAUGCUUGACUUUUCAUAAGAGUUGUAGCAGUUCAGGUACCUUUGAAAGGGAUGUAACUGAAGAUUGGUUAUAUGACUAUACUUAGUAUCUCUUCUGAAAUAAUAAUGAAGAUUAUCCUGUACAUUCUUUACCCAUCAAAUCUGAUUUAAAGGUUAAAUGGGAAGGUUUAUAGCUAAGGUAAUUGAUUGGGAAUGGUCCCUGAAGAGGAGUUUGGGGGAAAGAGCAUACAUUUCAUAUUUCAUGAUGGACAAAUUUGGGGGAACUGGAUGUAUUAUGCAGCUGUGAUUUGGGUUGUAUGAUAUGUUAAAUCCUGUUUACUGAGCUAUCAGCUCUAAAAAGUUUAUUUUGACCUUUAUUGUUGCAUGAUUAGAAAUGUUUAAAAUAUUGCAAAAAUUCUAGUACAGAGUAAUGUAACGGUUUUUGUAACCAGUUCUCUUCUUUCUGCAUGUAAUUUGGAUUUCUCAAAUACAUUCAUUGGUAACUUAUUAGUAAGAUCAGUUUUCUUUUUGUUCAACUUUCAAUCUGUAGAAAUGUGAUAUCUACUUGAUAGCUCAACCAUAACCAACUCUUUUGUAACAUUUUUCUACUAACUUAGAGAAGCAGCCUCAUAAUAGUUGAUUGUGUGUGUGUGUGUGUGUGUGUGUGUGUGUGCGUGGCUAGCCUCAUUGUCACUAUAUAUGUAAUCUGAUGAUUUUAAGAACUAAAUUUUCUAGAGUAAUAAGUGGCUAUAAUGUUAAGUAAACAGUAUACUAUUGAUAUCUAAAGAUAUUUUUUAAAAUUUAAGCCUUGAAUUAUAUCGAAAUUUUGGCAGUGAAGGCACAUUUUUAAGUUACUAGUUUUUUUGUUUUUGUUUUUACAGAUUUUUAAAUCUUGAGAUAAUUUUAGAUUUAUAGAGGUGACUAAGAAAUUAAUCCUGGAACAAUAUUGCUAACUAAAGUACAGACCUAUUCAGAUUUCACCAGUUUUUACACUUGUUAAUAUUCUUUUUGUGUGCUCUGUUUUACUGUGAUUAUUUAUUAUUUACUUUUAAUGACCUGUAAAUGUGCUUGUAUUUUGAGUUUUUCUCUUUUACUUUGAAAAUUACUGUUGGCUAAAAAAAAUUCAUAAGGAAAAGAAUUCAUGUUGGCUUUAACAUUUGGAUUUUCACAAUUUAAAACACUGCGCUUUAAAAGUCGAGGUUUUUUUAUCAAAAACAGGAUUAUAUUCCUGACAUGGUCAUGUUUGGCUGUUCUUUAAAGGAAGGCUUGAUUUAUAAAUGAAAUAUUCCUACACUCAUGGAAAAGUACAUUUUACAAUUUGAACAUUAUUAGAUGUUUAGUUUGCAUGAACUUGUAGUCACAGACUCUGUGAUACGAAUACGUACAACCAGCUGAUACGGCAUCCCAAAUUCUAGUGUAGCUUGUAUACCUAUCAGUUAAAAUUAAGGAAAUACAAUAGCAGUAUAUAGAGUGAAUGUAGUAGGAAAAAAUUAGCAGCAUAGCUGGACUUAUUUAAACAGAUUUAAAAAAUGACUAACAUCCAGAAUAUCUAAUCCUUCAGCAAAUGCAGUCCUUCUCCCAUUUUUAGAUACUACACUUUCUUGGGCAGGGGAGCCUCAUACAAAACUUCCUUUAUCUAGUAGUGAGUGUAUAUUCCAUUUCUGCACUUGAUUCCUCAUGAAUUGAAACUUGAACAUCAUUCCAAAAAGAAAUUUCUUAAAUAACAGUUCGUACUUACUAGUAAAUUUACUUGGGAUAAAAUUUGCCAAGGUAGAUAGAUGGUCCUGGAAGUAAGCAAGAAUGAAAGCUUGCCUUUAAUUUUUUUUUUUUUUUUUUUUAAGAUAUUUAGGUAUCUCCCUUACAGGGAAAAUCAAGGCAUGUUACUCUUAAACCAGAAGUUACAAAAGAUUUAUGAGAUCUAUUGUAGAACUAAAAUACAGUGCUAUCAGAAUACUUCCUUUCUUCCUAAAAGUCAGGAUCACACAUUCAGAUUAGGUUUGUAGGCUUAGGACAUAAGUAUUAUUCAUCCUGGGAGAGAAAAUGAUUAUAUAUGUAAUAAGACAAGUAGAACUAACGUAGUUUUUUGAAAGUUUGAGAUCAGAAUGAAUGAAAUUAAUUUUGAGAGACUGUGAUCAAGAUACUUAUCUAAUGCUAAGGAAUUUAAUUUGGUUAAUAUAAUUAUUCUAAAGCUUCUUCCCUGCCCAAACCCCCUUAGGAUCUGCUAGCCUCAAAGCUGUUACCCAGAUCUCAACUAGUUUUGCUACCUAUUCUGUCACAAAAACCUCAGGGGAGAAAGUAACCACAGACAGGUAGGUAUGUUUGUGAUCAGUAGGUGGCACUCUUUCCUCAAGUGCCCCCCCCCCCCCCCGCCCAGUUUCCCCUGCCAUGUGGGAAGGUUAAAAGCCACUAAAAGAUCUGAGUCAGCCAUAAAACUAAGGAUCUUAAUUCCAUGACCUUUUAAAAUAUGUAAUUACUCAAUAUUCAGCAAGUAUUUGGCAAGCAUUUAUUCUGAGUACAUAAUUAAAAUAUUGAAAUGCUCAAAAGCUGGAAAAUGUAUCCUGUUAAUAUCAGCUUUCUAGGUAAACAGUAAAAUAGGCCACAAUUGUGAGAGGCAUUAUUAAGAUCAUCAUCUCUUUUUCUUCUUAUUGUACGUUUCUACAUCACUCAAACAAAAUCAAUUAUAAAAUUAUUCUUUUUUCAGGUGUGUAGAAAAAUGGUACUUAAAAUUUUUUUCAUGGUCAUUUUGUAGGUACUAGAGGGUGUAAGCAGCUUGACCUCUUAAAAUUUAAACUUUUAUAGAAAUAAAAAUGCAUAUUGAAAUUUUUGGAUAUUAGGAAUGGUACCUAGAUUUGUAAAUUCAGUUUGAGUUGCAGAGACAACUAGUUUCUCUUAAUACCUCAUUGGAAUUUCUCUAGGAUUAGAGUUCUGCAGAGGCUUUAUGAUAGUGUAGCUCAACAGAGAGUAUACCCAAAGCAUAUGCUUAUAUACCCGGGAGUUAUUUCCAGGGGUUGUUUUAAUGAGCAGUCCUCUUACAAUAUUCUGGGCAGAAAGUUGUUACGGGAUCUGGGAUUAAGAAAGGAGUAACUAAAAUUUGGGGAGGUGACUUGACUUGGAGUUGUGAGCAUGCAAAUAUAGUAUACAGAUGAUGUAUUGUAGAAUUCUACACCUGAAACUUACAGCAUUUUAUUAACCAGUGUCACCCCAAUAACUUCAAUAAAGAAUUGAGGGAGGCUUCCUGGUAGUAGUACUUAUUCUAGGACGUGUUUGUCUUCCAAGGCGACAUCCAAGUGGACUCUUAAAAGGAACACGUUCCUGCGUGAGAGACCAACUCGAGGACAGCCUUUCUAGAACCUUUUGUGCAGAGCAAACAGGAAGACUGACCUGCCUUGACUUUCAGUUGGUGUGAGAAGAGCAUAAAGUACAGUAUUUUUUAAAAUCUAGUGCAGGUUCUUUUUCUUAGAAAGUGAUAGUAAGAUAUUAUUGAUGGAUAUCUUUGCUGGACUCUAAAAUUCAGGCCGUAUUCCAGGAGAAAAAGGCCCCAAAAUCAUUUCACUUUUUCCUUCGUAGCCUUCUGAAGCUACUUUUUUGAUGUGCUCAGUCUUUUUAAACCUUUUUUCUUCUCUCUUGGGUCAUGACAGUUUAAUUCCAAACUUUGACUUUUUUUUUACCUUAAAAUAAAAAAUUGCUUUUGACAUACAUUUUUGCUUACAUCAGUUGAGACCAAAUGGGCAAAGUCUUGGGCAGGUGACAUCUGUGAUGUGUUAUAGUGGAACACAUGUACAAGGGUCGCAAGGAUUAGAGUCAUAAAAAAACUGCUUGAUUUAUAAAUGCAUUAUUCUGGUGCUCUAUAUAAUGGGAUAUAUUGAACUAAAAAAUUUGUAUAUACAGUAUGUCAGCAUUUCUUAGUAACUUCUCUUGAAUCCAUUUUUAAUAUCUAAUAUUGUACAGGUUGGGGAGUUACACUCUUCAGGCCAAUACCAUCCAGACUGUAUAAAUUUAUAAAAUAAAUUGAAAAAUUCAUCAUUCCCCUGUAUUCAAGACCAAAGCACAUAAAUGCUAAUGUAAGGCUCAGAGGGGAAAUAUAUUUCUCCUCAAUAUUUGAGAAAAUGUGAAGUCCUUUCAAGAAAAUCUAAUAAACAUAAUAAUCAUAGCCUGCUGACACUAAGGAAAAAGGACCUCAUUUGCUCUUUCUUUUAUGCAGCGAUUUACGGGUCCCUCCUGAUUUCCAAAUUGGAUCACUGUAGUAAAUUAUCUGUGCUGGUACCUGUGAAAGUAAGCCCUGGGAUCCAUAUUUGUUUUGUGUUCUGCUUAAAUCAGCAAGAAUGAUAAAUCUGAUGGUGUGAAAUUGGACGUGUCAAGGGCUUUCUUUGGUAAUUGACCAAAAUAAUGUCUCCACUUGUAAUUUAUUGUGCCCCUCUUUCACUGUAUGUGCUUUGUAUACCUAAUAUUUAUUUCAGUACAAAUUAAAUUGUUGUUCUUUCAUCUGUAUUGUUAUAGCUAAGAUUUUAUUGAUGUAAAAAUCAAAUUGUGUAAUAAAAAACUCUGUGGAUUUAA